CCAUGGGGAAAGGGGGACAAGACACUGUCAACAGAGAGAUUCCAAGUCCAAGAGCUCCAAACCUCGCAAUCUUUCCAGCAUGGGCUAAAGAAAUUGAAGAAUGCGAAAAGUACUAUGAAACCAAUAGAGUUUCUGGAUUAAGCUCUCAGGAUGUCAUUAAAAAGAGAGAAAUUUAUGGGUACAACGAGCUGGAAAAGCCUGAGGGCCCGUCUUUCUGGAAAUUGAUCCUUGAUCAAUUCAAUGACACUCUGGUGAGGAUUCUUCUUGUGGCUGCAGUUAUAUCUUUUCUGCUGGCCCUCAACAACGGUGGUGGUGAAGGAAGUGACAAGUCAACCGCUUUUGUGGAGCCUCUAGUCAUUUUCUUGAUCCUGAUUAUCAAUGCCAUUGUUGGGGUCUGGCAAGAAAACAAUGCUGAGAACGCCUUAGAAGCUUUGAAGGAAAUCCAAUCCGAGAACGCCACCGUUUUUCGUAAUAACAAGAAAAUCCACAACUUGCCAGCCAAGGAGCUUGUCCCUGGAGACAUAGUUGAGCUCAAAGUUGGUGAUAAAGUGCCAGCAGAUAUGCGCGUUGUUGAACUAAUUAGUUCCACUUUGAGGUUGGAGCAGGGUUCAUUGACGGGUGAGAGUGAGGCUGUUAACAAGACUAACAAGGUGGUGGCUGUAGAUUCUGACAUCCAAGGGAAAAGAUGCAUGGCGUUUGCUGGAACAACAAUGGUUAAAGGGACCUGCAUUUGUUUGGUGACACAAACUGGCACGGACACAGAGCUAGGCAAAGUCCACACGCAAAUUCAUGUAGCUGCUCAGUUUGAGGAGGAAACGCCUCUAAAGAAGAAGCUGAACGAGUUUGGAGAGGUCUUGACAGAGAUAAUAGGGCUUAUUUGUGUUUUGGUUUGGAUCAUCAACAUUAAGUACUUCUUUACAUGGGAAACCGUAUAUGGAUGGCCAACAAAUUUCAAGUUUUCUUUUGAGAAGUGCACCUACUAUUUUGAAAUUGCCGUGGCAUUGGCUGUGGCUGCAAUUCCAGAAGGUUUGCCAGCUGUUAUCACUACGUGCUUGGCGCUUGGCACACGAAAGAUGGCACAGAAGAAUGCUCUUGUGAGGAAGCUGCCUAGUGUUGAGACUUUGGGAUGCACUACUGUAAUUUGUUCUGAUAAGACUGGUACAUUAACCACAAACCAGAUGGCAGUGGUGAAGCUUGUAGCUAUGGGCGCUACCCCUGAUUGUCUUCGAGCUUUUAAAGUGGACGGGACAACCUAUAAUCCUUCUGAUGGGGGAAUUGAAGAUUGGCCUCUUGAUCGAAUGGAUGCUAAUCUUCAAAUGAUGGCAAAGAUAGCUGCUGUCUGCAAUGAUGCAGGGGUUGCCCGGGUGGAAAAUAAGUAUUUCGCAACCGGAAUGCCAACUGAGGCAGCUUUAAAGGUUCUAGUUGAGAAAAUGGGCUUUUCUGAUGAAGUUGGUGACCUAUUAUGUAUGAGUCCUGGUGAUGUACUGCGCUGUUGCAAACAGUGGAAUCAAAAUGCACGUCGAAUAGCCACUCUUGAGUUUGAUCGUGAUAGGAAGUCUAUGGGUGUAAUUGUGAAAUCUGAACGGGGGAAGAGGUCGUUGCUUGUUAAGGGGGCGGUAGAAAAUGUGUUGGAGAGAAGCACCUCAAUCCAGUUGCUUGAUGGUACUGUAGUAAAACUGGAGCAGAAUACCAAGGCUCUGAUUCUGCAAGCUCUCCAUAAAAUGUCCUCAAAUGCCUUGCGGUGUCUUGGUUUUGCAUACAAAGAUGAGCUCCCUGAUUUUGCUACUUAUGAUGGAGACGAAGAUCAUCCUGCUCAUCAGCUGUUACUUGAACCAUCCAAGUACUCAUCAAUUGAGAUUGGACUCACUUUUGUUGGAUUUGUAGGGCUAAGGGAUCCCCCAAGGGAAGAAGUUUUCCAGGCCAUUAAGGACUGCAAAGCUGCAGGAAUCCGAGUGAUGGUUAUAACUGGGGACAACAAGAAUACUGCAGAAGCUAUAUGCCGUGAAAUAGGUGUAUUUGCACCUGAGGAGGAUAUUACUCCGAGAAGCUUGACAGGGAAAGAAUUCAUGGAGAUUUCUGAUCAGAAAUCUCAUCUGAGACAAAGUGGAGGGCUUCUGUUUUCCAGAGCUGAACCACGACAUAAACAAGAGAUUGUGAGAUUGCUUAAAGAAGAUGGGGAAGUGGUUGCCAUGACAGGAGAUGGAGUAAAUGAUGCACCCGCUCUCAAACUUGCUGAUAUUGGUAUCGCAAUGGGAAUUGCUGGCACAGAGGUUGCCAAGGAAGCUUCUGACAUGGUGCUAGCAGAUGAUAACUUUAGCACAAUAGUCGCUGCUAUUGGUGAAGGAAGGUCAAUCUAUAGCAAUAUGAAGGCCUUCAUCAGAUACAUGAUCUCUUCAAAUAUUGGUGAAGUGGCGUCUAUAUUUCUAACCACAGCACUAGGAGUACCCGAAGGCCUCAUCCCAGUACAACUCUUAUGGGUCAACCUUGUAACAGAUGGACCCCCUGCAACAGCUUUAGGAUUCAAUCCACCAGACAAGAAAAUUAUGAAGAAGCCACCCCGUCAUCGGGAGGAUCCACUCAUAAGUACUUGGACUUUAGUCCGAUACCUGGUUAUUGGCACCUAUGUUGGAGUAGCCACUGUCGGUGUUAUGAUCAUUUGGUAUACACACGAUUCCUUCUUGGGCAUUGACCUCAGUGGAGAUGGCCACAAACUGGUUACCUAUUCCCAGCUUGCUCACUGGAGCCAGUGCUCAUCCUGGCAGAACUUUACAGUUUCACCUUUCACUUCUGGAUCAAAAGUGUUUCGAUUUGAUGAUAAUCCGUGUGACUACUUCAAACGCGGAAAAGUGAAAGCCUCUACGCUCUCCCUCUCUGUCUUGGUCGCCAUAGAAAUGUUUAACUCUCUUAAUGCGCUCUCGGAAGAUACUAGCCUAUUGGUGAUGCCCCCUUGGGUCAAUCCUUGGCUCAUUCUCGCCAUGUCUAUCUCAUUCAGCUUGCAUUUCAUCAUUCUUUAUGUCCCCUUUUUGGCUCAUGUUUUUGGCAUAGUGCCUCUCAGCUUAAACGAGUGGAUGUUAGUCUUGGCAGUUGCUUCUCCAGUGAUUUUAGUUGAUGAGGCUCUAAAGUUUAUUGGAAGCUGCACAAGAGGAGUUCUAGCCUGCUGGCCAGUGAAAUCCUUCAAGCUGAAGUUAGAGUAAGAUCACCUGUGGUCAAGCCAGAAGAGUUGCCUGUGAUGCUGCCUUUUAUAAUGCCCGCAUGCAUCAAUAACAAGAAUAAUAUAGGUAUCCAUGUAUAAUGCUUACAGUCCAGAGACAGCCAUAUGAUAUGAUGGCCAGACAUACCGAGCUCUUGUCGAGGCUCUAAACUUAUGAUAGUACUAAAACACCAGUAAAAGAAUAAGAACCUAGGACAUAUGUGGUGUUUGUACAUCUUCUUCGAGAUUUUUCACAGUAUGAAUGUAUGCACUUCUUCCCCUUUUCUA